AUGCCUUAUCAUGCAGUUUUUAGACAAGAUAAGCCUGAAAAAAUCAGGAUUCUGAUUUAUCCUGAUGAUGCAGACUGGCAGCGCCUUGUGUGGCGAUCUUCAGUUGCGCAGCCUUUGCAGGAUUAUAGAGCGCUUACCGUCACCUACGGCAAGGCUCCAGCACCUUAUUUGGCUCUUCGAGUACUCAAACAGCUGGCUCAGGACGGCCGUACGACGCAUCCAGAGGCAUCUAAGCUUCUGGACCAUCAAAUCUACGUGGACGACAAAUUCGGAGGCGUGAACGAGGUCGACUUAGCUAUCGAACGACGUGAUCAACUGAUCCAGCUUAUGGCAUCAGCAGGGAUGGAGUUGGGUAAAUGGUCAGCAAAUAAUCAAAGUCUUCUUGAUGGAAUUGUAGCUGGCAACAUUGAUGAGGUCCCCGUCGACGUGGAUGAGGUGGUAUCAACAAUAGGUCUCAAGUGGCUUCCUCAAGCAGAUAAUUUUAUUUUUAAACCUACACUAGCCCCCUCUCCAUCGAUCAUAACAAAGAGAAUUAUUCUCUCAGAAACUGCUAAAUUAUUUGAUCCAUUAGGUUGGCUUGCACUGGUCAUCGUAACUGCAAAAAUCAUGAUGCAGGAUCUAUGGAUCAAUAAGUUCGAUGGAGACGUACCGAUUCGAGGAGAUCUCUUGCAGCAGUGGAUGAAGUUCCGUAACUCUCUGACAAAAUUAGACGUCAUUAGAGUGCCGAGAUGGAUAGGUUGUUCUGAAACAUUUUUUUGGCAGCUUCACGGUUUUGCUGACGCUUUAAAGCGAGCCUACGCUGCAGCAGUCUAUGCUGUAGUUUCUGGUCAAUCUUCGGUUCUUCUUAUGGGCAAAACAAAGGUCGCUCCAACAAAAAUGAAGACUCUUCCUCGGUUGGAGCUCUGUGGAGCACUGUUGUUUGUUCGCCUAACUAAGCACCUGCUACCUAAGCUGCAUCGACAACCACAGUACAUUCACUUCUGGUCCGACUCCAAAGUCGUGCUGAAUUUGCUAAAAGGUCAUCCAUCAAGAUGGCAAACCUUCAUCGCCAAUCGAGUAAGCGAAAUUACAUCUUUGUAUCCACAAGCUGAGUGGCGACAUGUUAUGUCCUCCCUGUGGUGGUCAGGACCCAUAUGGAUGACGUCACCACAAUUGACAUGGCCUUUAACAACAGAUGAUGACUACGCCGAUCAACAGAACAUUCAAGCAUUGGUAAUGCAGGAGGCAGCUUUACAAAAGCAUGUCGACGACGACUGUCUGAUAUAUCUGCAACGCUUCUCUAGUUUUGCUAAGAUACGCCGUAUCCUUGCCUAUUGCGCGCGAUGGAUACUCAACGCUCGUCAGAUAACUGACAAACGUCAAAACACUUACCUAUCAGCUCAAGAGCUUUCUUGGGCUUCUGCCGCUUGUUUUAGAGCACUACAACGUCGACAUUUUCCCAUCGAAUUGGAGCAGCUACAGGUCAACAAACUACUUUUUAAGCGAAGCAAUUUGGUACGAUUGGCACCCUAUUUAGACGAGAUUGGCCUCAUUAGAGUUGGCGGCCGUUUAGAAAAUGCUCCACUUCCAUACAGUGAGCGACACCCUAUCGUCCUGUCUGGCAAUGACACAAUCGUAAAGCAACUUGUCCAAGAUACACACAUUAAUACACUGCAUGGAGGAGUACAACUCAUGCUCUCACAGUUGUACCGAACUGUGUGGAUCACACGAGCCCAUCAGGUCGUCACACGAGUCUACCGGAAUUGCUACAAGUGCAUCAGACACAACCAGAAAAGUGGACAUCAGCAGAUGACUGCACUACCAGCUCAAAGAGUUACUUCACUUCGUCCAUUCACCAUAACUGGGAUAGACUACGCAGGGCCAAUCCCAGUGCUUUUCUCCAAAGGUCGGGGUGCAAAAAGCACGAAAGGAUAUGUAGUAAUUUUUGUUUGCUUUGUAGUCAGAGCUGUCCACAUCGAGAUCAUGUCUGAUCUUACGACCGACGCAUUCAUGGCUGCGGCAUCGGCGGAGCUCGCACGCAUGUUUUCUGAGACCUCUGAGUUCAACAAAACGGUCGCUGGUCAACUUGCAACUAGAGGCACAACAUGGAAGUUUAUUCCACCACGAGUGCCCCACUUUGGCGGCCUAUGGGAGGCUGCGGUACGCAGCUUUAAGUAUCACUUCAAAAGAGUAAUUGGCGACUCCAAGCUUACUUUUGAACAGCUUUCUACGCUGGCAGCUAAAGUUGAAGCUUGUCUAAACUCUCGCCCUCUAUCCCCAUUGAGUACAGAGCCCAUCUAA